CGUACCAGCAGCCGUUUCCCCGGGUCGUGGAGCUCCGUGUCACACGGCGGUUGUGGGAGCCGGGGCCGAGCGGUCCCACACUCGCCGCUGCCGGCAGCCCGGCUCGUCACGCUGUCGUACUGCUUGCUGUGGGAGGGGCUGUCGUGUGAAACCAGCACGUUCAGACUCUCUGUCCCAGCGCUUAUGUGCGGCGGCUCGGCCUGCUGAGCAGCCAUGGUGAGGCUGACCACAGAGCUCAUCGCCAGGUGCCUCGGCCACAGGAACCGCAGGGAGGAGGACUGGGGACAGCACCUGAGGAAAAUAACUCAUCUGAAUCUGUCAGAUAAAAAGCUAGACGCGAUCGGUGACAUCUCACUGUGCAGAAACCUCAGAGUUUUGUAUUUAUAUGAUAACCAAAUCAGUCAAAUCCAGAACCUGGGCUUUGCUACACAUUUAACACACCUUUACCUGCAGAACAACUGCAUUUCAUGCAUAGAAAAUCUCUCAUCGCUGAAAAACCUUGAAAAACUGUACCUGGGAGGCAACUGUAUCGCUGUAGUAGAGGGUUUGGAUCAAUUAACAGGAAUAAGGGAGCUACACAUUGAAAGUCAACACCUCCCUCUUGGUGAAAAGCUUCUCUUUGAUCCAGCAUCCCUUAGGUCCUUGGCAAAAUCCUUGUCUGUGUUAAAUAUUAGCAAUAACAACAUUGAUGAAUUAGAAGAUCUGGCAGUUCUGGAAAAUCUUUCUCAUCUUAGAGCAGCCGACAAUCAGCUUCAACAUAUGAAGGAUUUGGAGGUUGUAUUAAAGAAAUGGACAAAGCUCUGCAGCAUGGAUCUUACAGGAAACCCGAUCUGUCACAAACCAAAGUACAGGGACAGGAUUAUUGUACAGUCACAAACCUUAGAAUACCUUGAUGGGAAAGAAAUUAAAGACACGGAAAGAGUGUUCCUAAUGAAUUGGAAAGCCUCCAAAGCUGUCAGGAAAAAAAGCAAAGGAAGAAUGACAAAUGAGCAUGCGGACUAUCUACAUUUCCCUGGCUUUGGAACACCUCAUCCUAAUCUUCCUUUUAGCUACAGUCCAUCUCUGAUAGAAGAAACAAAUAUUUUAAUUCUUUCUGAUAUGCACAAAGACGGAGGAAAUCCUCUGCCAGGAACUGUGGGAAAAAAAUCAGUCAGAGGAAAUCUCAGCUUACUUCAUAUGGACAUGUUCAGUGUAUUAUGACUACUUUCCUGCACCAUUGGCUGAAGGCUGUUGAGAUAAUCAAGAAAAGAAAUCUGAUGUCUGUGCCUUACAGACAUUCAGACAUUGGAUGAGCUUAAACAAUUUAGAGUUCAGCGUAUGUGUUCCCUAUACACAAAGGCAUCCUUGCCAGCUCUAACACGGC